AAUCAAACAAUCCAAAAAAUGGCAAUAUUCCCAUUAAUUACACAAUACAACAACUUGGAUAAGAACAAGAUGAUUAUCCAGUUGGCAGAGACCAAGCAACGUCAGUUCCUUCGUCAAUGCAUGGCCGAGUUCUUUGGUGUGGCCUUCUUCGUGUUCAUGGUGUCUGGUUCAGUCAUCACGGCCAACUUCUUCACGGCCGACCCCGUCGCACGUAUCGUCCUCAUUGCCUUUAUCCAAGCCUUUGCCCUUGCCACCAUCAUUUGGUUCUCCAGUGGUGUGUCUGGAUGUCAGCUGAACCCAGCCGUCACAUGUUCCCUCAUCACUACCUCACGUAUGGGUCUCCUCAACGGUCUCCUCUUCAUUAUCAUGCAAUCUGCUGGUGCUCUCGCCGGUGCCUCCCUCAUGGCUGCCGCUGUUCCAUACAGAUACGAAGGAAACUUGGGCGCAACAACAAUCAACCCAGUGAUCAGCAUUGCCCGUGCUUUCUUCCUCGAGUUCAUGGCCACUGCCUUGCUCUGCUUCGUCGUGCUGAGUUUGUCCGUGUACAACGAGUGGGACUCUAGACUGAGCCGUUUCGCUCCAUUGGCCAUCGGUUGUGCCGUCUACGUCGGUGUUGCCAUGCUUAACCCAUGGACUGGAGGCUCAUUGAACCCAGCCCGUUCAUUCGGACCCGCGGUGCUCUCGGGAACAUGGCACUACCAUUGGUUGUACUGGGCUGCACCAAUUGCCGGUGGUGUCGCUGCCGGUCUGGUCUGGAGAUACAUCCUCUCCGAGAAGGUCGCCCUCAUCGAGCGUCCAUACAACGAGUUUGCUCCAAACCCAUACGGAGUUCCAGCUCAAUAA